ACAUGCCUCCAAAUCAGUGGCGUUUCUCUGCUCCAUGGACAAAGCCACAGCCGGAAGUACCUUUUGCAAAUGGCGCCGCCAGCUGCAGCUUGAAUGGAUCUGGUCUCAUGCCUAUGGAUCAGUACCCACUGUCCCUGACUGGGGGCCCCUCCGUUCAACCUGGCGAGCUGUGGCAUUUCUCCUCCCUCGCCAGCCCCAGCUUCCCAGAGCCUGGCUACCCUCAUGCUUUUUCCACUGGGCACUUGGUUCCGGAGCCCCAGCCUGAGGGGAAGUAUGAGCCCCUCCUAAGUCUCCUCCAGCCAGAGAGAUGCCUAACCCAUCCUCAAGAAUCUGCCUCGUGGGAGGACGGCAACUCUGCCCAGAUGGCCGGAAGCACAGGAUUGCUCUUCAACCUGCCUCCCAGCUCAGCCCACUUUAAGAAAAUCUAUUUCCCCCCUGAUGGUGGACCUGCUGGUGCCAGCUUUGCAGUUGAAAGAAGCCAGUCUCCAGAGAGAAGAAGAGAUCUGUUCUUUUAUUGAACAUGGGUUUAAAGAAGAGAAUUCCUUUUUCCAAACCUGCUUCUGGUUUUCUGCUGUGAAUCCAGAGGGUCUGGAGACAUCACCGUCCUUUCUUCUUGUUGCCACCAAAGAGCACUGGGUUCAAAGCAAGUUUCUGUUCUGUCUGAAAUUCUAUACUUUUUCUUGGCACCUAUGCCCUGCAGCAUUUUUUUUUUUAAACUUGUUAAGUGAAUCUUGAGCAUAUAAGAUGGUUAAAAGAGCUGUUUAGUGGUGGGGAGCAAACCUGUAGAUUGUUCCCAAUAAAAUGACAAAUUUCACCCUC